AUGAUGACAGAAGAAAGCAGGGGCAAGCGAAGGAAACAAGCCAACCCCCGGAGGAAUCGAGUGGAUGCUGAGCGAGUGAGUUCACUGGGAUCUGAGGGGGAGGAUGAGGUGGGCCUGUGGAGCCUGGAGCCCCAGGACAGCCAGGAGAGCCUGGACAAGACAAGCCUGACACCUAGCGAGGGGACGGAAGAGCCUGGAAGCCCUGCUCGCUCCACGCAGCCGAACAGCCUCAGCCUCAGCCUCAGCCCCAGCAGCAGGAACUACUGGCCGCAGAUGGAGCAGGAGGCCGAGGCCGCAGAAGACUCCACCGCCGCGUCGGCCACUGACAGGGAGGGAGACCAGGAACCAAUGAGGAUGUACUGUAAGAACUCAGACUCUCCGAAUGCCUUUGAGGACCUGGCCCACUAUGAAUUUCUGGCCCAAUUGAGGAAGGCCUCUACCUCAACCAGUGUCUUUGACCACCGGAACCACAAUGGCACGGCAGCGGUUUACCACCUUGGCAGCAGACACGACGAGCUGCCACCUGCCAUCUGGUCACCAGGAGCUCAGCACUGCUCACCUGAGGGAGCAGACACAGAGAGGAGCCAGCAGGCCUGUCCAUUCUGCCACAGGAUGUAUCAGCAAGGAGCCUCUUUGAGGGACCACAUCAAGUACUGUCAAGAGAGGGAGGGGGGCCACAUGGUCUGUCCGCUCUGUGGAUACACUGCCACCCUUAGGGAACAGAUGGAGCGGCACCUGGCAUUUCACAACCAAGUGCAGGACAAGAGUGUCAUCACUUUGGAUCAAGGCAUCGAAACCAGGAAGUUCAAAUGUCUGCAGUGUGGGAAAGCGUUCAAGUACAAACACCACCUCAAAGAGCAUCUCCGCAUCCACAGCGGUGAGAAACCUUACGAGUGCUCCAACUGCAAGAAACGUUUCUCUCACUCUGGCUCCUACAGCUCCCACUUAAGCAGCAAAAAGUGCCUGAGUAGUGGAGGAAAUGGAAACACAGGAGGAGCCAGCUGUGCAUUUAAUGGACAUAGCCAAAGCUCCUACCACCACUCAUUUCCAACAUCUCCCUCUGCAGGCGUGGGGAGAAAAAGUACCGACAAGGGAUCUCCGUUGGCUUCACAGAUCCAAGAUCCUACUGGGCCUCUACGUCGAGUACCAGAGGAUCCUCACCAGCUUUCACUGCAGGACAACAACCCCAACCCCACAGGCUUUGCCAGAGCGUCAGGCUUGGCUCGACUUUGGGACCCCUCGGCAGAGCUCUCUCUGAGGGCCAGUAUACUAAAAGGGACCACCCUGCUGCCUUAUCUGCACUCUGGGACCAAGUUUGAACAGAUGCUGCAGGAGAUGCUUCACAGGGAGGUGAAGAAAGAUGACGAUAUGGACAGAGGAGGAGCUGCUGCAAUGGAGGAAAGGAAGGUGAUUUACAACGAAGGAGGGCCUGACAAGAAGGUGUCGCCUGACGGGAGAAGAGAGGCAGUGAGGUCAGGUGAUGGGGAGAGAGGUGUGCUUGGGGUGACGUGUCGUUGGUGCUCCCAGCUUUUCCCCAACGUGGCGGUGCUCCUGCAGCAUGAGCGAUACCUCUGUAAAAUGAACCGAGAUGCAGUGGAGGUGCCUGAGGGUCUUCGCGGCAAAGACCACCCCUCGCCAACUUUAUUCUUUCCCAGAUCUGCUCUCCAAGCAGAAGUAACCAACGGGCUCUCCGGAAACAAGUCACCAUUACAGAAGCCAAGCUGGAACUCUGUACCGCAGCAGCUUUUGGUCGCAAUCCACUCUCCCCCACAGUCCCAUCAUGAUGCCCUGUCCCCACGAGCAUACUGGUCCGUCCAGGAAAAGGGAAGUCCAAGGCAACUCCUCAACCAAUCCCCAGAGAUGUUGUCACCUCGAGUCAGAAGAAGGGUACCCUCUUCAGGAUUUGGUUCUCCGGUCUGCAUGGACCUCACCAGCUGUCCUCCUGAACUGACCUCCCCUCAGAACCAGACCAGCAGCCCUUGGUCUGCACAGAACGAGCCUCUGGACCUCUCCUUGCCCAAGCAGCUGUCAGACAACGAAGGGAGAAAGAAAACUGUAAACGGAAACUCAGCCAAAGGAGAGAGGAGAGAGCACAGGACCCAGCAGCUUAGGAGACUAAGUCCAACUUCACAUCUCCCCCUUCACCACCACCCGGUCUACAGCAGGGCCGGAGCUCCUAUGUUUCCAGGUUCCUUAUAUAGUGGCUUUCCUAUCUUCAACCAGUCUGGUUUAGGUAUUUCAGGACAUGACGGCAUCACAGCGAUUCCAUUUAGCCAGCAAGCUAAUGGCCCUGGGUUUCUCUCUCCUAUGGCUUACAUGAUGGACGCCGACACAGAGGUGACGCUGAAAAAGAUCCACCAGGAGAGACAAGCUCUUAUGGGUGAGGUGUUAAGCCGUGGAGCUCUAGACUACCUCUCUAUUAUGGAUGAAGGAUUGGAGGGAGAAGGGGAACCGGGAAGGAAAAGACUGAAGAAGACUGAUGAAGGUCUUUAUGCUUGUGACAUUUGUGAAAAAACCUUUCAGAAGAGCAGCUCUCUGCUUCGACACAAAUACGAGCACACAGGUAAACGUCCUCACGAGUGCAAGAUCUGCAACAAGGCCUUCAAGCAUAAGCACCAUCUGAUUGAGCACAGCCGGCUGCACUCUGGCGAGAAACCCUACCAAUGUGACAAGUGUGGCAAACGCUUCUCUCACUCCGGCUCGUACUCCCAGCACAUGAACCACCGCUACGCCUAUUGCAGCAAAGAUCAGGAUCCAGACCAAGACCACGAGGAGAUGCCUCUCACCCCAGUUGCAGGCAGCAAUUUUGGAGGCCACCUCGCCAACGAGACCCCUCUGUCCAUGGAGGAUACCCAAACCGCACACUCCUUCCUCAGUGAUUCCAGUAUGGAUGGAGCUACAGAGGUCCUGAAAGAGGACGAAGAGGAGGAGGAUAAAGAGGCAGUGGUUAGUGAUGGUCAUGUAGGAGAGGCACACGCAAGUUCGUCAGGGGCAGCAGAGGAGCUGGGAGGUAGCCCCAUCCAAGGAGAGAAUGGAGUGCAAAAUGGGUACGAUGUGGGAAACCAUAUUGACAAUGCAGAGAGACAAUUCUGGGGCCGAGACACUGAGGACCAGACUGGAAACAAAUGUGAACUGGGCCUGGAUUUAACAGAUUUACCCAGAAUAAAAACUUAAGGUGACUUUAACAAGCCAAAACAAUGCACAUACUAUACAUAUUAAGACUUUUGAUAGACUUUUUCUCUCUUAUAUAUUUAAAACUAAUUAAUAAACAAAUUUUUACAACAUGAAAAAAGAACAGCCAAAGCAUUGAUGGUCUUAAAGUGGAUGAAGCCAUACAAACAAAAUAUAUGUGACAAUACAAAUUAUAAUAUUUUAUCAUGCAAAUAAGAUUUGAUGUACCUACAGUGUUUUUUGUGUUGUUGUUUUUUUAAUCCUUUUUGUUUGCCAGGACAGCUCAAAAACAUUUGGGUGACUCAUCUGUGGUCAUGUCACAUAUCCAGAUGUGACAUUGCAGAAAUCUCACUUUUUAUAAGCUUGCUGACUGUUGCACAACCCAUGAAGAAGAGGCCUUUGUAUUUUUAUGUCCAGUAUCUAGUUUACUUUGUUUGAAACAUUCUAACUGUUCACAUUGAUGCACACCAGUAAGUGGGUUAUGAAACUAGGCCCCGAAGGAAAGAAUCCAUUGCAGGAUGGAAAGACAUCGACUGUGCACUGUAACAUGCCAUCAAAGUUGAAAUGUAAGAUGAAGCCAUAUAAAUCAGAAUCACGUUGCUCAAUUAGUAUAUUUAUUCUUCCUCAUACGAGUAACAUUCAAUACCCUGUGGUGUUAUUUUAUACAAAUCCUUACCUCUAUUUUAAGAAAUGAGCAAUAAUUUGCUAAAAUGUUGUAAAUGAAAACACACACACAUGCAGCUAUACAUACCCAAAGCCAAUGAAGGCUUGAGAAGGCUUGAGAAUAUAUGGAAGCACUCCUUUUAUCAUUCAUGCUGUGAAAUCACAAGGUACAAUCAGCUCAUCCCUUCAGGUUAACUAUGGCGCUCCGUGGCUUUGCCAAAUCAGCAGUCUAUUUAGUAGUUUAGAGCAAGCAAAAACAGGAAGAACUGGAACGUGAUUGCGUAUUUAUUUUGUAAACAAAAAGCAGUGGACUGUACCUCUUAAAUUGUAUGCCUUGCCUGGGGACAGCCAUUUCUGCAUCUCUGUAUGUUAUUAAAGGGGGAUAAAGUGAAGUCAGUCUUUGGGGGUUUGCCUUUGAGGGAGCAAUUAAACUUGUGUUUGUGAAAUAAUCACACAGAGCUGCUUUAUUUUACAGUAUUUUAUGCUAUCAUAGCUCCUAUUUCUUGUAAUAAUUUACAUGUGCUACGACUUAUUUUGUCACACAUUUAGGCUGUCUGUUGAGGUUUGGCAAGAGGGUCAAGACUCAGGACACAUACAUCAGCUUUUAACUUCCUCUUUUUGACUGCAGUGUAGUCAACGUGAAAAGUGUCUCAGAUGUACUCAGACACUGUGAGUAAUGCGACAAAGCCUUGGUACAACGAGAUAAGACGGUGGUGCAUGAGGUGUGACUAAGCUUGUAGCAUUCAUGCAUACCAUGCGCCAAAGAAUUCUUAUACUGUAUGAGUGUGUGUGUGUGUGUGUGUGUGUG